AAUAUUUCUUUAUUUUUCUAACGGUACAAUUGACAAAACGCGGCCUAUUUAGCAUAGUCAUGCAAUUUUCAUAGUUCGCAGCUGUCAUAUAUGUGACAUGUAACUUGGCAGUACUGUUUAGCAAAGGGAGCAAAUUUAAUAACAAUCGGUUACUAACGCCAAGCCUUAACAAAACACGUUCCAAAUCAAAAAUUAAACAGUCGUUCAACAACAUUUCAACGCGCAAAUACCCAUUUAUUUGCACAAAAGGCAGCUGGCAUCAAGAAAAACUACAAAUUUACCAAUUUAUUUAUUGCUUGCCGCCUUCAAGGAACAAUAAUUUAGUUGUAAAAAACGUUUAAACUAAUUUAAAACAAAUGUUUCUAUUGAACUUAACCUCAAAAACAUAAAGCAAAGUUAGAAGCCGGCUCCUUUGUUGAUUUUGUAUUAAAUUUAUAACUGAUUCGUUUGGUGUCCUCGGUGCAAGUGGAAAUAUGUCGGCUGCCACUGUGUUGGAAUGCAAAAAGCUUUGCCUGUAUCGCUGUCUCACGGCAGUUGCCCUGAGUAUCAUGAUGCAGUUCUUUUUACUCACCGUCUUCUUGCUUUUUGUCAACUUUCAUAUAUUUCAUCUGCUGAAUUGGAUUACGGAAACAUUUAGUUUGAUGUUUUCCUUUUACACAUGGCUGUCCAUUAUGCCUCUAAUAUCGGCUGUCAUUAUCUAUGGCAUACUGUUGGGUAAAUCACAUUUGGCGGUAAAGCAAUACUAUGGAACCCGAUUUAAAUGGCUGCUGGGAACGAUUGUACGGAAGAGUCUGUUUCUAAUGAUACACAUUGCUGUAGGCUUUCUAACUGCAUGGUUGUAUGCGCGGUAUUUGCAUGUGGAUUAUAGAUCCUUGGUCUAUCAAUGUUAUGGCAUGGAGUGUAUUAACUCAUAUUAUCUAUUUCUCGUUGGUUCUGGCAUCUCAGCUGGCUGUUAUUAUUUCCUUAAGGAAAAUUUACGCCAUGAACCUGAAGUGGAAUACCCAAUAAUACAGGAAAACAAAAUUGUUAAGCUACGUUCGCUGCUCUAUUCCACCAUGUACAAAUCGCUGAUGAAGUCGUUUGUACCGUCGAUGUGUUAUGCUUUUGCCUUUUGGAUAUUCGGGGAUAUUAUCAAUGCUCGAUUUGCACGCUUCUUCGAUUUGGAAAUGGAUACGAGUCUUUCAUCGUUUUUCUCGGUGCUAACAAAUCUAAGGAUUUUAUUUUAUUCCUGGAUUCUACAAUCGCAAAUUUUGAGUAACAUGAAUUUAAUGCAGAAAUUCUUUUCGAUACUUUUGGCUGAGGAAAUGCAAUUUGUUAUUGAAAAGAAUCCCGUUGUGACUGAAGGACAGAAGGAGGUAACCCUAGUCGAGGCAUUAACAAUGACCCAAGUACCAAUUAUACAGACCUUAGCUGCAUUGGAUCUUUUCAAUAUGACGGGAACAUCGGCUGCCCAUAGGCGUAAGGAAAUCUAUGCUCUCUCAAUACCGGGUGGCCAUCCCUAUAAUUGGAAUCAAUUGUCCUCACAGUGCCUGGCCAUUAUAAAUGCCUUUAUUGAUGACCUCACAACAUCGGUUAAGAAUAUUUCCACAAUGAAAUCCACACCACUGUUCUGUCAAACAGAUAAACCAACAGCCACCGAAGCGGCAGAGAAAAUCCUUUUACGUCAAUAUAAUGAAACCUAUGGUAUUAGGAGAAUGGUUUCCGAGCCACCCACAGCUAAUAUUGGCUCCUCAAGCACUUCGGGCGGUGUUUCCUCAACAACUCCCACAGCUGUACAACGUAUCAAUGAACAAUUUGAAGCCAUUUCCAAACAAAUUGAACAGGCUCUGAAUACAGCUUUUCACACAAUACCGGGAGUGUUUUAUAUGUUCGGUGAGCCGGAUGGUGCCCGCACGGUGUUCCUACUAUCCAAUUCACAAAUAAUUGUUUGGUUAACACAAGGCUUGGCUGGCAUAUGUGCCGAGUCUUUGGUUGAAGAUAAAUACGGUGUGGUCCAGGUGGCCUUACCACAAAUAAUACGCACCCUAUUGAAACUGAAAAAUGAAUUGGAUAAAUUGAACAAUGUUAAUUUGAAUGGCAAGAAAUUGGAUCGUAAUCUAAUAACAUUAAAAAAUUCCGUAAGACGUAGUCUAUACAAAAUUGUCUCUGUUUUCGGGGACUAUUUGCGUGAUCUGUUCGAUGACCCAAUGGAAAUAAGAAGUUUGCAGUGUUUUGUAAGCUAUCAGGAAGUUUAAAAUAUCAUCAUAAUAUUCUGUCAUUACGCCCUCCUCUCUCACAGUCAUUCUAAUUAUAAAUUGUGUAUUAAAAAAAAAAACCUUGAAAAGAUUUGUUAAAAUUGUAUUUUUUCCCAUUAACCAAUUUAAAUUUUAAGUAUUUUAUUUUUUUAGUCAGUUUUCCUUCAAGUUGUGAAGUUGAUUUUGUUAAGUUUUAGCUUUAAGGAUUCUUCAUGCUCACUACAUAUUUAGGUAUAUAUCAUUAGAAACAAAACUUUUUUUAUAAAUAAAAUUUUAUUGACUUUUGUAAGUAA